UUAGGUCUGUGGGGUUGGUGGCAAACGUGCGGGGAAGAUGUGGGAUCGGCAGCUAUUCAGAGCGUGUUCCUCUGGCUGUUUUUCCAUGGUGAGAUGAAGAAAUGUAUCGUCGCUGCUCCCAGCCUGCCUUUCAACAGGUUAAUUAUUUCAUUAAGGCAAAUGUCUGGAGUGAGCAGGAGUUAGUGGCGCUGCCUACCCCGUCUGUCUCGCGUGUCAGCCGCUGACAGACGUUGGCAGGGCCAGCUCUGGGAACUCCUCUGCAAGGCCAGGUAGAAGGAAGUGGAGCUGCAACCGCUGCGCUUGCAGCCAUCGCCCUGCGCGGCCGGGGCUGCGGGUGCCACAGCUCAGAGCCCUCCUGAAACCGCGGUGGCUGCUCUGCAGCCCAGCCGGCACCGGGGCAGCUCAGACAGAGAGAGGAGGAGGAGGAGGAUGCCGCUGCCUGCAGGGUGAUGCGAGAAGGAGCCCGGCAUGCCGUACUUGGACCGACAGAACCGUAUCUGCGGGUUCCUGGACAUCGAAGAAAAUGAGACGUGCGGGAGGUUUCUGCGGCGGUAUUUCAUCCUGGACACGGCGGCCAACUGCCUCCUGUGGUACAUGGACAACCCGCAGAACCUGGCCAUCGGUGCGGGUGCUGUCGGAUCUCUGCAGCUGACCUAUAUCUCCAAGGUUAGCAUCGCCACCCCGAAGCAGAAGCCGAAAACUCCAUUCUGCUUUGUUAUCAAUGCCUUAUCCCAGCGCUAUUUCCUACAAGCCAGCGACCAGAAGGACCUGCAGGACUGGGUGGAGGCGCUGAACCGGGCCAGUAAGAUCACGGUGCCGAAGGGCGGCAGCGUCCCCCCGGCCACCGAGAUCGCGAAGCCGCCCGUGGUGCCCCAGGCCCAGGAGAGGAAGCCCCAGGUGGCCUAUAAAACCGAGAUCAUCGGGGGGGUGGUGGUGCACACGCCCAUCUCCAUCAACCAGAAUGGGGGGGACGGCGGGGAGGGCAGUGACGUGGCCGCCCACCCGCUGCUGCGGCGCUCGCAGAGCUACAUCCCCACCUCGGCCGCCAAGCCACCCGCCGGGCCCCCCGUGCUCAAGAGCGGCUACUGCGUGAAGCAGGGGAACGUGAGAAAGAGCUGGAAGCGUCGUUUCUUUGUUCUGGAUGAGUUUUCCAUCAGUUACUACAAGUGUGAGCAGGACAAGGAGCCCCUGCGUUCCAUUCUCCUGAAGGACAUCUGCAAGGCCCACGAGUGCCUGGUCAAGUCGGGUGACCUCCUGAUGCGGGACAACCUCUUUGAAAUUAUAACGAGCUCCAGAACCUUCUACAUCCAGGCGGACAGCCCCGAGGACAUGCACAGCUGGAUCCGCGCGGUCACGGGCGCCGUCCAGGCCCUGAGAACCCGCCCCAGGGAGAUGUCCUUCAUGAGAUCCAGCUCCCUGGCCAGGGCCGGGGGGUCCGCAGCCCCCUCCCCGCCGAGGCAGCUGGAGGAGAGGCGAGCGCUGAGCAGAGCCCCCUCCACCUCCUCCUGGCAGCCCUGGACGCCGGUGCCGAAGCAGCCGGUGCCGGAGGAGCUGCCGGCGCCGCUGAGGGACUCGGUGUUCCUGCCGGCCUUCCCGGAGCACGACGCCGGCGCUGCGCCAGGAAAGCGCCUGCGGCACAAGUCGGAGCCCCAGCAUCUCAAGGAGAAGCCGUUCGCCUUCGACCUGGACGAUGAAAGCAUCCGGACCUCCGACGUCUGAGCGGGUGCCGAGCCGCUCCCCGGCUCUGUGUGCUCUGCCGGGUCCCCGCAGGGCAUGGCGCUGUUUUGGGACGGCCGGUGCCCUCGUGCCCACCCGGCACCUCAGACCAGGCUCAUACGGUUGUCCCGGUGGGGUGAGGCGCCCCCUCCCUGCAGCGCUGCUCCGUCUUCCCUGCGGUACAGGACGGGCUGGACCCGCGUCUCGGUGCCGGCUCUCCCAGGAGCGGGUCCCGACCCGGCUCUGCCACAGGGGCUCUGUGUUUCGGGAGGUGCCUCGGACAGGGUGGCCUGCGGGCACCCGCGCUGCCAUUGCCGCAUCAUUUCCCCCAAAAAGCAGAAGGAGGUCUCAGAGGGGUGAAGGGGAGCGCGGCCUUUCUUGUCCUUGGAAAACCACUUUUCUGCCUUCUGCUGCUCAGCCUUCCCCAGGCAGCGCGGGGGCACCGGCGUGCGCCCCCGCACAGGGACACGCCGCAACUUCCCCUUGUGGUGACUUUUUCCCUGGGAAACCAGCUCCUUACACUGCCUGACUAGUGAUGUAUUAACAAAUCUGAUGGCUUUUAAUUACUUUCUUUUCAUACCCAUGGCCACUGCCCAUCCCAGCACUGGUGGGCUCAUUGUUCUUCCCGAGCCGAUCCCAGCGCCGGCGGGCUCGUCGGUUCUUCCCGAGCCGAUCCCGGCGCCGACGGGCUCGUCGGUUCUUCCCGAGCCGAUCCUGGCGCUGGCGGGCUCAUUGUUCUUCCCGAGCCGAUCCCGGCGCUGGCGGGCCCGUCGUUGUUCCCGCACUGAUCCCGGGCGGGCAGCGGGGUGACGGUGGCUCCCAGGGACAGGAGGACCCUCGGGGCGGUGUCAGUUUUGUGCUGUGUCCAAAGGGGGUUGUGUGGAGAUGCUGGAGAACACUGAAACUACGAAAAUGGGUGGGAAUUGAUGCAAACAGUACAGGGCAAGUGUUAAUAUUUGUUAUUUAAUUGUAGAAAUCUAGAUCAUGCUGUUCUUUUUUCUUCUCCUUUUUGCUUUAUUUGCUCUAGUGUUUUAAAUCCUGUUUUUUUUAGGCUGGCUUGCUGCUUGGCUCAUAACAUGAUGUUUCAGGAGUGAUUUAAUAGUUUGGUAAGCCUGACAAUCCCAGUCGCAGCGUUUGGUGAUUGCGCUCUGACCUCCUUUCUGGGAAACGUCAGCUGCAGAGGACGAUGCUCACCUUGUGCGGGGCUUCAGAGCCGUGGAGCUUGAUCAUUGCAAAGUUCCUCGGGCCUGGGAUGGUAAAGCAGAAGCUCGUUGCACAAUUAGGGUUAAUUAUCCAGGAGAAAACUCCCAGCGGCUCCCUCGUGGUUGCAACAUUCCCGUUUCUCGUCCCCACCCUCCGGCGCCCCGAGGCAGCACGGGGGCUGAGCCGCUGUUCCGCAGGACGUGGUGCUGCUGCGGGGGGAGUGUCUCCCCACCCCGAAGGACCGCAGAUGCAGCCAGACCCGAUGGAGCUUUGCAGUGACUUUUAAAGCAAGGUGCUCCCCCCUCCUCCCCGUGCGCCCCUGCAGCCGCUCCUUUGGGAACCACAGCGUGUGCCGCGUUCCCCGCGUUGCCGGGGCUGCGGGCGGAUCUGAGGGAUCUUGCGCAGCAGUGGGUGAGAGGGUUUGCUCUUUCCUAUGGAGCGCCCAGCGGUUUCAGCCGUUCCUGGGUGCGCUGGCUGUGGAGUCCAAGCGCUCUCGGGGCUGGGGUGCCGGUUACCCCUGCCACCCCCGCCUGCGGAUGUGGCUGCGGGACGUGGAACCUCUGCUUUCCCGGGGUUUUGAAUAAAGAAGGAAAUCGCGGUUGCUUUUCCAG